AAGUUGCACACGAUUAAAAUGAGUCAUGAUUUCUUUCAAGAGCCGAUUAAUUUCUCAUUUAAUGGAUCACUUAUAAAAUCAAAAUGACCGACAAUAAAUCCAAUGUCGUAUUUGUUAUUUAUUUCGAAAUAUUUUUCUAAAGAACGUCGCGCAAAUUCUUCAAUGGAUUUUAACGAAAGGAAAAGAAAAAUGAUGAAAAAUGAUGUACGAUUACUCGCGAUAUAAAUUAAUAUCAAUUGUUUCAAUACAACAAUAAUAAUCUGAAAUAUAUGUAUAUCAAUGAAUCCGCGAAUAGAUUGGAUUCUAAGGGCAUGAAGGAAUAUUAAGAGGGCCGGUUUAACCGGUUGACCCUACUUGUUGUUAACACCUGUGUACAUUUCCGCGACUCUCGUGUAUAUGUGAGAAACGUUGGAGAAAAUUGCCGGUUUGAACGGCCAGCAGGAGCAUACACUGGCUCAGUGUCGAUCGGACCGUCCGAUGGUACGAUCGAGUAAUACAACGAGGACGAAAGUUACCUCAAACUGUUAUUCGCCUGAUCUACUUUAAACAAAUGCAGUUCCCGGCAUUUGAUCAUCAAGGUGAUUAUAUUCCUUCCGAAUCGAUUCGAUUGGGAGACAGGCUCAUUAAAAUCUCUUUCUAUUUGAUCAUACAAGAUCGGAGUAAAUUCUUAUGUUAUGACCACGUGAUUAUCGAGAACGUUCUUGUCCUUAAUUCUUGGAGGAGUCACGAAGUAAAUAAUGUCAGUUCCAGUAGGUAACGGAUCUCACACGUCUUAGUACUUAGCAAUCUAUUUGCCCGAUUUUCCAAUUGACAUUCGCGUUGUACAUACAUAUGUACAUACGUAACGCUUUACUUGCGACUGAUUUCGACGUCAUAUCGAGAUAGAUGAACGCAAGGAUAACUUGAGCUCAAACAAUGGCUACCGGGCCGGGAUGAGCGAUACUUCAAGGACAUUAAUUUUACCAUUGCCAAGAAGAGAAAUAGAAAGGAAAGAGAGAGCUGAUGAUAUGAAUGACUCGAAUACAACCACGCCUAUGUCGGCUAAAUGUAAACCGACGACCUCUUUGCUGUUGACACGAUGGUUAGGAUCAAAGAGUCCUUCUUCACAGGAUAUUGAAAGUGGUGGUUGGUCGUCGGAACGUUCGAUGGAUUAUGGAACACCACCACCCGUAGAAGAACCUCAUUGUUACUCUAUGUGUAUCAGCGAAAGCUCUAGUGCCGAAGAAAUCAAUUAUUCCUUGCAAGUUAACAAAGACAUUAUCAGAAAUCUAUUGAUCGAGCAUACGAGACAAAUAGGAAGUAAGAUACAAAUUUUGGAAGAUCUUGAAUUGGGAAAGAUCGACGUGGAAGAUAAAGAAAAGAUAGCAAAUAGUUACAAACAGGAAGAGAUCGAUACGUUAUUGUUACAAGCUAGCUUUCUCGGUCGUGCGGAUUACAUAGUUGCCCUUGUAAAGUGCGGAGCUAACGUGAAUACCUCGGAACAAGAACAAAAUUUAACUCCGUUGCAUCUUUGCGCGUUUAGUAAUUCGCUAGUCGGUGUAGAAUAUUUGAUCGGCCAUGGAGCCAACGUAAAUUCCGGUAAGGGCCACACCCCAUUUCAUUAUGCGGCUUUUGGUAAUUCCUACGAGGUAGCACGGUAUUUCUUACAGAAAGGUAUCACCGAGGAAUCGUUACAUUCGGAAGAGACGGUACUUCAUGUAGCGGCACGUAGUAAUGCUUUGGAAGUGUUAAAACUUUUGGCACCAAAUAAUGUGUCAUUGAAUCGAUUGGAUGUUAACGGGUACGCACCGAUACAUUACGUAGCCGAUAGAGGGGAUCCAGCAUGUUUGAAGAUACUUUUACAAGCUGCUUGUCAAGUUGAUCUAUCGAGCAAGAAAGGCGACACCGCAUUGCAUCUAGCUGCCGAAGCUGGAUGUCUCGAAAACGUUGAACUAUUGUUGGAAAACGAUGCGAACGUUAAUUCGAAGAAUAACAGAGGUCAGACAGCAUUGCAUUUGGCAGCUCGUUCUCAUUGCUUGGACUGCGUCGAGCUUUUAUUAAGGAAAGGCCAUAGCGAUCCAAACGACGAAGAUAUAGACGGUAGAACGCCUCUUCAUUUAGCUUUAGGUAGAUCGUUGUUGGCAUACGACGUUACCGAAACUCUUAUCAUUUGGAGGGCAAACGUUAAUAAGAUCGAUAAAUAUGGUUAUACGCCACUUCACGUGGCUGCUUUGAACGAGUUAUCGCAAUGCGUUGAUAUAUUGAUACAACACAAUGGCGACCUCAGUGCAAGAACCAAGGGGGGUACCAGUGCAUUGUCAAUAAUACUACGUAAAACCCCAACAUCCUUGGACGUGUUCAAACAAAGAUUAGACGCCUCGAUCACUCUUCAUCAACAUAGGUCAGCCGCCGGUGAGAUCGAAUUGAGACUUGAUUUUCAUCCCCUUCUGCAACAUCAACAGAAAGGAGAGAUCGGUUAUUUAGGUACUUUCGUCAAGGAGGGUUACAAAGAGAUACUCGAGCAUCCCCUUUGCCAAUCGUUUCUUCAUCUUAAAUGGCAAAAGAUCAAAAAAUAUUAUAUCGGUAGAUUGUUGUUUUAUCUGCUCUACGUUCUUGUCCUUACCGCUUGGGUGAUAACUGCUCUUGCUCAUAAUUGUUACAACGAGUCCCAUGGACAGGUAGACGAUCCUAGUACAACACUUUGUGCCAAUACCACAGGACUAAACGGUUUUCUUUAUAGGCAUCCUGUAGUGUUAGAGGUCGAAUGGUACGCCUUGGUAGUUCUUACCGUAUUAGAAGCUCUUAGAAAGUUAACAGGUAUCUUAACUUACCUUUCUGUCAAACAGUUCUUCACUCAGGCUGAGAAUAUGGUCGAAUGGUGCGUGAUAUUAAGCGUCUUUGCUACGUCCUUCGUUUAUACCGGCAGAACUUAUACUUGGCAGAGUCACGUUGGUGCUUUCGCUGUAUUAUGUGGCUGGAGUAACCUCAUGCUAAUGAUAGGACAACUUCCGAUGUUUGGUGCAUACGUAGCUAUGUUUACCAGCGUUCAAGCACAAGUAUUUAAGCUCUUGCUAGCUUAUGCCUGUUUACUCGUUGGUUUUACCGCUAGUUUCUGCGUUAUAUUUCCACGAUCGAAAUCGUUCAGCAGUCCUCACACAGGUCUGAUAAAAGUUCUCGUUAUGAUGACCGGCGAGUUAGACUUUGAGGAUUUAUUUUUCCCUGGUGAGGAGGAAGGUGGUAAAUCAGUAGACGUAAGUGGUACCUCGUGGAUUCUACUUCAAGUGUCUGCUCAACUAUCAUUCGUAUUAUUCCUUCUAUUCGUCACUAUAGUAUUGAUGAAUUUGCUCGUAGGUAUAGCGGUUCAUGAUAUUAAAGGUCUUCAAAAGACUGCAGGUCUUGCUAAGUUGGUACGACAAACGAAAUUAAUUUGUGACGUUGAGAGAGCUCUCUUUCUUGGAUUAUUGCCAAAUAAAUUGACGAAACUUUUAUGGUGGACGGCUGUCGUAUUGCCGUCACCAUUACGUGCUAUUCUCACCGUUAGGCCAUUGAAUCCUAGAGAAACGAGAUUACCUCGUGACGUUUUGACGGCUGCUCACAAGGUUGCCAAAGAUAGGAAAUUUAUAAGUGGUACCUUAACCAGUAAAAAAAGUAAUAGCACGUAUUACACUUAUGUUAAGAGCGAUGGCUAUUCGACGAUCAGAAACCGCUUUAACGAAAACGAUAUCCUUACUGAGGACAAUGGCAAUAAAUUCAAGGACGAACUCUUGGAAGUAAGAAAAAUUUGUGAGAAGAAUCAUCAGCUUAUACAGGAUCUUGUUAUUGCUCUUGCUAUGGACAAGAGAUAUAAUAAAGAACAGCAAGAGGAUGAGAAUCAUUAGAGGGACUAGAUUAGAUCGGAUCCGUGAUCAACGAGAGAGAUAUUAAUUGGAUAAUUAAUUUCUUCUAACUCGUUAAAAUUCUAAUCAACAACGAUCGGGAUGUUUAUCGAACUUCGUUUGUUCUUUUAUUUUUUUUUUCUUUUCCUUUUUUGUUUCUUUUUUCUUUUAUCUUCUUUCCUUCCCAUUUGUUAUUUUUUAAUCAUGGACUUCCCACUGUGCGAAAUGAAACAACAAAUUUCAUUAAUUAUACAGUCUUAUGUAUCGUAUUAGGUAUCUCGAAGCAUUUUAAAGGAUGCCAAAUUUUGACAACUAGUCAAUCAAUAACUAUUAAAAUAUAUUUGAUUAAAUGGCACAAGGAAAAAAUCUAUGAAUUUUUUUUCCUUGAACAGUCGAUUCAAUUGGAAUUUAAUUUUAUAAGAGAAUUUAUAAAAACGAAAGGAAUAAAUAUAAUAAAGUCAAUCAAAUUCUUCGAUUCGUUGAAUAUAUAGAAGAAAUGUAAUAUUGGAAUAAUACAUUCUUUAAUUUUUAUUAUAUUAUUAUUAUUUUUUGUUUGUACUGAGACUUUUUUUUUUCUAUCGUUGUCUAUAUAUCGGGUUACGUUUGUUGCGUUAACAAUAUUUUUUUUAUAUAUGUAUCCACAUACGAUAAUUCAUAUUCGUAUAAUUUUUUGUAAUAUAUAAAUCAAUGAAACGCGAUGUAUGUAAUCUUUUUUUUUUUUGUUUUUUUUUCCUUCUUUUUUUCUUGAACUCUAAUAAAUUUUGAUUACGCGCUACUAGUUGCCUAUCUGUGUUCCGUCCAUGACACAAAUAUUUUAUAAAAGAUAACAAAGCUAGAUUAAAUAUUACAAAGAGCUAUUGAUCAUCCAUAGAAAUUAAGUAUAAUAUAAGUAUAAUAUAAUAAAUAAAUUAAGUAUAAAAAUAAAAUAUGUAAUUAUAUACCUAAUGUUUCUUUUUUUAUAUAAAUACACAUAUACAUUUUUUUUUUGCAAAAAUAAAAUAAAAAAAUUAUAUGUAAAACUUUAAUCUGGCGUAUGCAAUUUUCAUUUAAAAAACGGUCACGUUUAAGAUGUUAAGAAAAAAAAGAAAAAGAAACAAACAAAAUUAAAUUGUUUAUCUAUUAAAAAAUGUCACGCGUACACGCAGAUAUUCACAUAUUUGUGGUUUAUGAAAUAUACGUAACCGAUUUAUAAAUCUUUUAAUUCUUAUAACGAAAAUUACUUUCUAUACGUAAGAACGACUAUUAUGUUCUUGAACUUUUUAUUGUUGUCAUUACGUAGUGGAAUACGAAAGAAAUUGGCUGUGUACUAAGGUAUGUUGUAAGAAAAGAAAAAAAAAGAAAGAAAAAAGAACAGAAAAUUGUGACACUUGCGUUCUCAUUAUAUUCUUGCAUUUAAAGUAGUAACAACAAUGUAUGUAAGAAUGUAUGUAAAUUGCUCAACAAUUUACUUGCUGACCACUGCCAACGUGAUUGUAAAUAUAAAUGAAAAAUAUUCCACAAAUGAUUGGAGAAAAAGUUUUGGUAACAUUAUUGUAUAGUAAUAAAAAGUAUCAAACAAACGUUUUACCAUCGCAUCAAGACCAACUCCGUUGAAUGAACAAUUAUAUUGAGACAAUCAUCGUCAACGUCUUUACAGGGAAAUAAUCUUAAAUUAUCUUGUUAAGGUAAUCGUCACAUACGUAUCCUAUGUAUCUCUAUCUUUGUACACGUAUCUAUGAGCAUACAUUCUUCUUAAUCUUCUAAUAACUCUGUUUUGUACAACGUGGAACAAAACUUUAUAGAUGGGCCAAAAUAUCUUUUUGAACAAUUUUAAAAAUCAAUUAUACCUUUUCGAGAUCUUUUAACAUUUUAAUUAGGCUUGCAAUUUUACGAGCUAGAUUUCUUGAACAAAAAAUUAAUAAAAAAAAUUAAUAUUAGACUAAAAUGUUUUGAAAAAGAGUAAUCGAUUUUUAAUAUCUGUUAAGAACAUUUAGCCCAUCCUAUAAAAAUUAUACGCAAAUAGGUCAAAGCUAGUAUUAUAUCCGUGUGUUUUUUUUUCUUUCUUUUUCUCUCUCUCUCUUUUUUUUUUUUUUUUUAAUUACUGACGUAACUAAAACAUUACUCUCGAAGGUGUUAAUACAACUUUUAAAUCAUUUAACAAUGCUAAUGUUGUUUUUCAAUCAGGUUUCAUUAUAUAAGAUGACACUAUGAAACUCUGAUGAUAAUCAUUUUAACAUUAAAAAAAUAUCUAUCUAUUUUACUGUAUUUAUCUAUAAACGAUCUACAGAAAGUACCAGUCGUUUCAUGAUUUGUACUCUACCGGAAGUACAUUCAAUAUAUGUUAAGUAUACAUAUAUCACAGUAUGUUAAUUGACUUAACGGGACAUUAUUAUAUGUUAUGGUUGAAGGGCACUUAGUACACGUAUUGUUAAUUUUUUAUAGUGAAAGUUAAUUUAUACCAAUUUAAGAUAAUAGAUAUACAUAUAUAUAUUUUUUUUUCUUGACUUUAUAAAAUAAGAUAAAUCUCUUGUCUCUUACUAAAAAAUUUUAAUUUUAUGUAUUAUUCCAAUUGGUCAAUGCAGACUUUUUAUUGAACAUUUCAAUCUUUGUAAACACAGACAUUUUUUUUCUCUCCGUCAUUUUUUUUAUCUCCAAAAAUUUUAAUAGCAUUUCUCUUUCCAGAUAAAUACCACUUAUAUUUAACCGUUCAUCCUUUUACUUUUAUUUAUUUUCUCUUUUUAGUUUUUUACGGUUCAAACAACGACCUGUUUAGUCAGCCACUUUAUAAUACCCCAUACACGCACAUACCCCAUCGAAAAAAAAAGUUAGAAAAGACAUUGAGAAUAGAUUUAGCACGAUAUUAUUAUGUUUUAAUCUCGUAUGCCAGUGAGCGUGGGUGUUCAAAAGAUAAAAGAGAAACGUGUCUCGAGACACAGAGCAGGUAUAAUAGAAAGGGUAUAGUAAGAUUUAAAAUUCCAAAAACCUGUUCACUCGCGCAACUUUCGGAUUUAUUCGAUAAAAUGGAUGGGAACGCGCCAUGUUGGAUAGUAAUUGCUUUUUGUAGCACGCGACUAUGACAAGGACGUUAAAUUUUUUCAAUUUUUUGGAGAAACAAGUAUGAUAUUUCAAGGUAAUGAUGAUGACGAUGACUUAACUUUCCAGAAUAUCAAUUGUCAAUUAUCAAUUAACUUGAUAAUUAGUCUAAUCGUAAACAAAUUAUACGAUUUUGUUUUUUCAAAGAUAAAACUCUGUUAUUUGUUAGGUUCUUUCUAAGUUUUUUUAUUGUCAAUGUAUGAAUAUAUAUAUAUAUAUAUAUAUAUAAAUCAUGUGCGCACGUUUGUGUGUACGUGUGUAUGAUUUUGUUCGAAUUGAAUGUUCAUCAUCGUAGUUGUAGAAAAUAGUUUAGUAUAAUAACGACACACCCCGAAAGUAUAAUCGUCAUCGUACAGUUGGUGAAAGGUAUUAGCCAAGAGCGAAAUAGAAAUUCAUAAAAUAAUAGAGAAAGAGAGAGAUAAGUAUCUUCUAAUAGAUAAUAUUUCUAAUGGAUCAAAAGUUCUUUGCUAAUUUUUGAUAUUAAUUACUUUAUUCCGAGACUUUUUCAAGAUAGUAGUUAGAUUUUUAGUUUUAUAAUCUGACAAAAAAAAAAUUAGCUUAAAAAAGUCUCGAAAAGAAAUAAUUGAUUUUUAAUAUCAUUUAAGAACUUUCAAUCUAUUCUAUUCUUGUAAGAAUUCAAAAUCUAUCGUUCGAAUUUUUUUAACUCGUAAAGUGCUUCGAUUAAACAAAUUUUUCAUAUUUUAUAUUUUAUUUAUUUCAUAUUUUAUAUUAAUAGA